CUAAAUUUCAUAAUUUAACUCAUUAUCCAACAAUUAUUCGUCAAUCUGGACCUUUAAGGAAAUUCUGGUGUUUUAAAUAUGAGGCAAAGCAUCGGCAAUUUAAAGUGUACUCCCAUUGUAUCACUUCUCGAAAAAACAUUUGUCUUACAUUAAGUAAAAAAUAUGAAUUACAAUUUGCAUAUAAAUGAAUAAAAAUUGAAAAUCUAGCAAGUAAAACUUUUAAGUUCGAUGAUAAGUACAAAAUAUCGAGUAAUUAUUAUUCUAUUAUUAUUAAAAAAUUAAACAAUGUUAAUGAAGGCGAUAUCAAAUUGUAUUCUCGUAUAGAGUAUAAAGGCGUUGAGUAUAACAAUAAAAACAACUAUAUAGCAACUUUUGGAAGUUAUGUUGAAAUAUAUUUGAUAUUAGACAUUAUUUUAUUUCGAAACAAUGAAGUUUUAUUUUUUUGUCAAAAGUUGCAAAGAUUGCAAUAUAGGCAACAUUUUUUUGCGUAUGAAAUUGAUGAAACGAUCUUAGGAGAAUUUUCUAUAAUAUCUCCGAAUGAUAUAAUCGGACCUCCAGUUACUCUAAUAAAAACUGCUAAAGGCAAAUCAAUGAUACGAAUAAAAAAAUAUUAUAAAUCUAUUGCUUAAAAUAUUAUACCUACUUUUAUGUAAGAACAAAAAGUUGUAUUAAGUAAUGAAUUGAUAUUUUAUGUGAUUUCUGUACAAUUUCUGUUUUGCACGAAUCAUUCAGUAUUUUCUGUCAACAUUUUUUCUUUCCAAAUUUUUUUCUAAAUUUUGUACUAAAAAUGUCGGAUUUCCCAAAAAUGUCGGAUUAUAUAUGGUGGUGACGCGAAACAGAAAUUAAUGUUAUAGCAAUCUCAAUGUCAUAUUAUUUAUAUUUUUAGUAAUAUUACAAUAUUAUACUGACGGUCAAAUUAUAUCCCGCAGCCAAACGUCGCUCUGUGACUGUUAUAGAAUACAAAUAAUGGAUGAUAUCUCUAAAUCUAGCUGUCAAGAUACUACACAGGAAGGAAUGGAAACCCAUAUAAAUAAUAAUUUAUUGGUACCUCAAGGCGUCGAAAAUAUCAAUUCUACCGCUUCUUUAAGCGAAAAUAUUUAUCAGUAUGAUUUACCUCCAGUUUUCGAAAAUUUUUCUUCGCAAUUGACAGCUACGACAGCAAAUUCACAAAUUAAUCAAAAUCAGAAUGAAAAUUUGCAACAUCCUGACAAUGAAACUGCCCAACUACUACUCGAAAACUUAGGUUCUCCAAACGAAUUAAUUGCACAAGAUACAUAUCGACUAUUAGAGGACAAUAGAGACAGAGAGGAAUUAAGAUUGCUACUUCAAAGUUGGAAUCAAGAAGAAUUAGUGGAUCAUCUUCUAAGGGAGAAUGUUGUAAUAAAAAUACUUAAAAUCAUAAAGCAGCAUCAUAUCGAAAAACUUCUGAAAUCAUUCGAUCUUGGCACUCAAAUAUUAUUCGAAGAUAACUUGGAGAAGUGGAGAAAUUCUUUAAACCUUCCGCUGGAAACACCAAAUAUGAAUUUUUCCAACUUAAGCGGACCAUCAUCCCCAGCUCUAUCAACUGAAUCUGAUGUACCUUCGACAUCGAGAUCUCGUUUUUCACCUUAUAGAAGAUCGUCAACUCCAUCAGUAGACGAAACUACUAUGAUAACAUUAUCAACUAUUUUAAAUGAAACCCCUAAGGGCAUUAUGUUGGUAGAAUACUACAAAAAAUAUGGAAAAUUUGAUGAUGAACAAAGAUCAUUAUUGAUCAAUACCUGUGCGAAUUUUUUCGAAGAAAAUAGUAUUAAGAUGUCGAUGGCAGACAGUUAUAGACUUGAAAAAGAAAUAUUAGAAAGAUUUCCUACUGAAAAAUUAAUAAGUUUAUUUGAAAUUUUUUCAUUAAAAAAGAUCAGUAUGGAUAUUUAUCUUUAUAAAAUGUGCUUUUAUAGCAAUAUUAUCGAACAGAUAAACGCGGAAAAUUAUAUAUUAAACUUACCAAUUUAAAAUCUUCUCUUAAAACAGCAGUUGGAAAACAUAUUUUGCCAAAAAAACCAGAAAGUUCAAAACUAACUCAACAAGAUCUGAAAAUCUUUGUUCCAGAAAACGAUGCGGAAAGUUGCAUUAAUACACUCAAAUUUGACGACCUGACAUCAGAAGAAUUUGACAACUGUUAGAAAGCAUGUGGCCAAUACCGAUUAAAAGAAGUAAACAGUGUUGCAAACACGGCAGCUAUUUUUGAAAAGUGGCCCUUCUAUAAAAAACCAUCUGGCUUUAGAUUGAUUGACAUGGAUUUUAAUGUCUUAUUUGACACG